GAAGUUUAUCUAUUUUUCGGAAAGAAGUUUAUUUUUAAUAAGUAGUAAUACUUAUUUGUCUUAUAAUUUGAACAUAUCCUAAAACAAUGCAGGAUGUGACAGCUCGAGUUUUUGCAGCCAUGCAAAAUUUAGAUAUAGCUGCUUUGUCCACAUAUCCACAAAAUGAGAUACGUCCUGUUUUGCCGGCUUUGGUGAGAAUGAGCCUUCUUUCACCUCUGGAUAAUACGGAAUCAUCUAUGGAGUCACGAAAGCAGAUAUUGGCUGUCCUAAUCGGCAUAGAAGUAGUUAAUAGCAUUGUGUCAUAUCUUCAAGUCAAUUAUCAUGAGUUAGAACCAGAAUUGAAAAAAGAACUCCAAGCCCGCCAAAAGUGUAUGUACUUUGAAGGUCAACAAUCAGAAUUUGGACUUCAAACGGGUAUAGCCUUAGGGUUUGAACGAGCGGAUGUAACGCGUAAAGUAAGGGUAGUGCUGUCAGAGAUAUUCAAUGUUCAAUGGUUAUUGACGGAACAAAAGGCAACAGUUCAAUCUGAAAUACUAGAUGAUGGUAUUUAUUUAGAGGAAGUAGUAGAUAUAUUGUGUAUUGCUUUAGCAGAGUUGCCGUCAUUGUUGAACAUAUUGGAAUUGACCGACACAUUGGUACAAGUACCAAAUGGUCACCGCAUCAUAUGCGCCUUAGUAGCCAAUUUUCCUGAUUGUUAUCGUGAUGUGGUAACGCAUGUCAUAGUCAAUUGUGACGAAGAAUCACCAGAGGGUAAACUUAAAUUGAACUUAUUAAUGGCUCUAAGCGAGAUAAAUCCUUUACAGUCUUUAUCUACGCGGGCAAUUUGUGUGGAAAUUAUGAAAGUGCCUUCGUUUAUGUUGAAAUUGUGCUUAAAAUAUCCACAAGAUUUGAUUGCUUUCUUGACAGGUAUGCUUUUAGGCAAUGAUCAAAAUGUGCGCACUUGGUUUGCGGAAUACGUCCACUCAAGUCAAAAACGGAAAAGUGAUGCUCUCAUUUUGGUUAGAGCUGAACUAUUAAAACAAUUGCAGAAUCUAAUACAAAUUUCAAAUACAGCCUCAACAAAUGUCGACGAAGAUUUUACUGUGCAAGGUGCUGUAUUAAUGCGUUUGUAUUGUGCCCUGCGUGGCAUAGCUGGAUUAAAAUUUAAUGAUAGCGAAAUAAACGCUUUAGCCCAUUUGGUUACAAGUCGUCCGCUGCCUUCAACUUCAGGGAUGCGUUUUGUUUCCUUGGCCUUGUGUAUGUUAAUAGCAUGUCCGUCUUUAAUUUCCACUACUAUUUUGGAGACAAAGGCUGUUGAAUGGUUACAGUGGCUGAUCAAAGAGGAUGCUUUCUUUGGCAAACGUGCCGAUACUAGUACUUCGUUAGGUGAAAUGCUUUUGCUGCUGGCCAUACAUUUUCAUAGCAAUCAAAUAUCAGCAAUAGGUGAACUAGUGUGCUCCACAUUAGCUAUGAAAAUACCCAUACGACCUAACAGUACAAAUCGUAUGAAACAACUUUUUACACAAGAUCUUUUUACCGAACAAGUAGUGGCUUCACAUGCUGUACGCGUACCAGUAACCCCAAAACUGAACGCAAACAUUCCUGGCUAUCUACCCGUACAUUGUAUACACCAGUUAUUGAAGUCGCGUGCGUUUCUUAAGCACAAAGUUCCAAUCAAAUCAUGGAUAUUUCGCCAAAUUUGUAAUUCCGCCCGACCAUUACAUCCUGUAAUGCCUGCCUUGAUCGAGGUCUAUGUAAAUACAUUGAUUGUACCUAAUCCUCAGGGUAAAGUAAAUGUUGAUCAUAUGCAUAAGCCGUUCUCGGAAAUUGAAAUUCUUCAUAUAUUUCGUUCCAACAUUAACUGUAAUGUAUUAGGCGAAUUUAACGCAGUUCCAUAUCCAAAUAAUAACACAGAUAAUGAGGAAUUAUCUAAAUAUAAGGUCCAAUGUCAUUUAACAGCUCAAUUAUUGAUACUGUAUUAUUUGGUUUUAUAUGAAGAUAUACGCAUAGCUAACUUGUCAAAUGCUUCGUUGAGCGGUCGUAAAUUGAAGGAGUACACGAAUAACUUCCUGUCAGAAUUACCUAUGAAAUAUUUGCUACAGAAGGCACAACAAUAUCACAACGAUUACGCUGGUAUUUUUCAUCCUUUGCUCCGUUUAAUUAUUUGUAAUUAUCCUCACCUGAGCAUGGUAGAAGAUUGGCUCGAAGAGCAUUGUCUGCACAAUCAUCAACGUAUUACGGUUUCGUUGCCUGCCACCGUUAAACAAAUUCAACACUCCUUGCAAAUCGUGGAUUUCGAUCAAUUGGACUCUAAGCCUGGUAGAGCUUUGCCAGUUCUAACAGCUCUUUUGAAAUUACCAGCCGAAGAAUUAGCUAGAAACUCUGAUUUAAUUGUCAAGAAUUUACCAAAGGUAUUUCAACGUAAGGUGUCACGUUCCAUUAAAAACGUAUAUCUGGAUGUUUGGCUGCGUUUGAAUGCGGUAUUGCCAAUUAGUUUUUGGCGUAAGAGUCUUACUUCUAUUAUGGCAUCGGAAGAUCAUAUUAAUCGUUGUUCUUUCGUAAUGGAAAAUAUGCUGGAUCCACUGCAAGUGCUACGUUGCAGUCGCGAGAUAUUUUAUUGCCCGCACACUUUGAUAAUAUUACUGCGAAUUUUGCAAGGUAGUUUAGCCGCUUCUAAGGCUCAUCUAAAUAUACAAAUGCAAUCUAAGCAAAUGAUGGAUAAAAAUGGUCAAAUUCAAUGCGAUGCGGAUCGCGAAGAAUUGAAAACUGCUUUAAUUGCUUCACAGGAGAGCGCCGCUGUACAUAUACUAUUAGAAAUUUUGACUGACAUGUAUGCUCAUGGCUCGAGUCGCGUGGCUGCUCUGGAAUUGCGAGAAGCUCAAGGCAUUAUAUGCUCUUUCAUACACCAGUCUUUCAUAUCGGAACCUUCCCUCGCCAAAUUAGUGCACUUUCAAACUUAUCCGCGAGAAGUAAUACCAAUGAUGGUUAAAGGAGUACCUUCUAUGCAUAUAUGUAUUGAUUUUCUCCAUGAAUUUCUAAGUAUGCCCGAAAUGGAUAAACAAGUGUUUACUAUUGACUUAACUUCACAUCUAGUGCUAAAAUAUGCUAUACCAAAAAGUUUAAGUGUCUCGAAAUUUUGCAUAAAUACUAUACAAUCAGCUCUGUCUUUACUCUCUACCGAGGCUAAAUGUAAAUACUUAAGUCACGUACUACCAGCUCUGACACGUUUUGCCGAAGCAUUUCCAAUAUUGACCGAUGACUGCAUAAAUAUUUUAAUGCUGACCGGGCGUAGUUUAUAUUCGCAAAGCACAUUGGGUAUUAAUUCAACACAAAUGCAAUUAACUGCUCGUUCAAGGCAUAAAUGCUUUAAAGAAACGCAUCGUUAUAUAGCGAUGAUUGAGGAAGCUUUCGAAUCACUAAUAACGAAAAUCAUCAAUAAAGUGGAAUUAUAUUGAAAAUGAAGGAAAAACACUCGCAGUAGCAAAUAGGAAUGCGUAAGGCUUAGGCAUAAGUUUAUAUAUUUAGAAAAAAAUAUAUUUGUUAAGAUAGAUUUAAAAAUGAAAACGAUAUUUAUUAUUCGUUCCAAGGGUUAUAAUAACCUCAUAAUUGUAUAUGCAUGUACAUUAGAACUUAUAAAUUAAAAACUCUGUUAA